AUGUCGUGGAUGGGGGGAUGGAAGCGGGAGACGGACAAAUUCCAGCUCGAGUUAGGCUACGGGGAGAAGGAGAAGCAGAGAGAGAAAGUUCUCCCCGUUGAAACCAACGGCUUAGAUGGGACCACGUCGUCCGCCGCAUCUGACGCUGGGGAUGAAUCGGACGGCGAGGGUGGGCCUGGCGCGGUGGCGAGAGCGUUACUGAGCAAGAUUCGCGAGCCAAUGGUGAGCGCGGAGCGACAGUGCAGGUUUCGCAUUCAGGUCGAUUGGUCUGCUGGCGACGACGAGGAGCAGGUGGCGUUACGGUUACAAUCACUCGUGAUGGUAACCCUACCUCCGCCCCAUGACCACGUGGUGGUAGGCAUGCACGUGGAGCCACGUGGCGAAGAGAAUCAGGACAGCAAGGCAGCAUCACCCGAAGCAGCACCAGACGAAGCAUCAAAAGACUCAGGAGACGAACGGCUGAGAUUGCAGGAUUCUGGGAAGUGGACGGUCCGGAUGAACAUGAGAGUGCACAAGCAGAGGGAACCGCUGCACGUGCUGCGACUGACGCGAAUAGCCGCCAGCAGCAGCUCGUCCUAUUCAGGCAGCGAUGGGCUGUCCAUGCUGGCUAAGCUGCUAGACGCCAAGGGUGUCGCCCUCCACCGGGCUGACGUCGCUGCUGCUGCUGCCAGCGCGAUUCCCACAGGGACCUCAGGUGGAAUUUCAGGUGCAGGAGGGGGUUCUGUCGGUUCAGGUGGCGGUUCAGGGUCGGGCGGGAGUGCAGGGAGUGGUGGGGCUCUGGUGAAGUCAGGAUCGGGAGAUGGAAGCGAGAAAGGAAGAAUGUCAGCAGGGGGACAGCAGCAGCAGCAACAGCAGUUUCAGUCAGUAUCCGCUUCCCCAGAGCAGCAGCAGAAGCAGCAGCAGCAGCAGGUGCUGUCAACAGCAGCAGCGGAGAGCAUGUUGGGUUACUCCGACCACUGGCGCUCGUUGAAGGCCCUCUCCCUCUCCUCCUGCUCCCUCUCUGUCCUCCCCAACUUCACCAUGAACCUGCCCCUACUGGAGGUACUGGAGGUGGAGAACAACCGCCUGAGCGCGCUGCCGGGGGAGAUCGGGCAGCUGCAGCAGCUGAGGGUGCUGCGCGCUGAUAACAACCAGCUCACCACCGUGCCCAUCACACUGCGGGAGUGCACCAACCUGAGGGAGCUGUCCCUUGAGAACAACCGCCUUGUGCGUCCCCUCCUCGACUUCAGGUGCCUGGCAGACCUGAGGGUGCUGCGGCUGUUCAACAACCCGCUCGAGUUCUUCCCAGAGAUCCUGCCCUGCCGCCACCUGCGCAUGUUCUCCCUUGCCAACGUGCGCAUUGUCAGCGACCCAGACCUCAAGAUCGUUGACGUUAGCAUCGUGCAACUGGAGGCGCAGCAAGGCUCCUACUUCUCUGCGUCCAAGCACUGCCUGAGCGACUUCUUCGCCCUCAUCUUCCGCUACUCGUCCGUGCACCACCCGCUGCUGGCGUCCGCCCUGGCACGCAUCUGUGAGGACCGCGAGAACCGCGCGGCCAUUGGCAAGGAUGAGAGCGCGAUCAGGCAGAUCGUGAGCAUGCUGCUUGCUGACUCCAAGCACGUGGUGGAGCAGGCGUGCCAUGCGCUCUCCUCCCUGGCAAUGGACGACGCUUUAGUCACCCAUCUGGUGAAGUCGGACGUGCUAGCAGCCAUCUGCUCGCUGCUGCUCUCUCAGCAGCCGGAGAUCCUCGUGUCCGUGCUGCGUGUCAUUGCCAACCUCGCCCUCGCCUCUGACUCCGUUGCCGCGCGCAUUUUGAACGUCGACUCGGCGGCCAUUCUCACCAGUCUGUGCCACCACACGCACAUGAUGGUGCAAACUCAAGCCCUCAUGGCCGUGGGUAACUUGUCAUUCUGCCCGGACAACCGCCGCCUGCUGGUGGCCCAACCAGGCUUCCUAGACGGGCUCUAUCACCUCGCCACAGGGGGCGGGGGGCUGGGCGGCGGGGGCUUCGGGGGCGGGGGAGGGGGAGAGGAAGCGGGAGAAGGGGGUUUGGGAGCGGAAGGGGAGGGGAUGAGGGGGGGUGGAGGGGGUGUGGGCAGGUACCAGCACAGGGCGCUAGUGGUGGAGGUUCCAACUGUCUUCUCGUUUCGCAAGGCGGCAGCGCGGGUGCUUGCUAUUCUGGGUGAAAACCGGCUGGUACAGGAAGCAUUGUGCACAAGGGCAGUGGGGCAGAGAGGCGUGCGUGUACUAGUGAUGGACGGGGGGGGCAUGCGGGGCAUGGCAAUGGUGCAGAUGCUGCGGCAGAUCGAGGGGCGCACAGGCAGGCGUGUGCACGAGCUGUUUGACCUCGUGUGUGGCACGUCCACUGGCGGCAUGCUGGCAGCUGAGUUGGGCAUCAAGCGCCUCACUUUGGACCAGUGUGAUGAUGUCUACAGGCGACUGGGCAAGCUGGUGUUUUCGAAUGUGGAGGCGAUGGAGUCAGCAUCGUGGCGGGACAAGCUGGACCAGCUGUACAAGAGCUCGUCUCAGAACUACCGUGUGGUGGUGCACGGUAGCAAGCACAACGCGGAGGAGUUUGAGCAGCUGCUACAGGAGAUGUGCACGGACGACGAUGGCGAUCUGCUCAUAGACUCCGCAGUCAAGGGCGGGCCCAAGGUCUUCGUGGUGUCCACCCUCGUUAGUGUCACACCCGCCACACCCUUCGUCUUCCGAAACUACCAGUACCCUCCUGGGACCAGGGAGACCCCCCACCCCCCGGCCGACGGGUCCCCCAUGCCCACGCCGCCCCCCCGCAUGCGCACGUCAGGCCUAUCCGCGCUGCUAGGCACGUGCAAGAUGCAGCUCUGGCAAGCCAUCCGAGCCUCCUCCGCAGCUCCGUACUACUUUGACGAUUUCGCCGUGGGGCCGCACCGCUGGCAAGAUGGGGCGAUUUUCGCAAAUAACCCUACAAUUGUCGCGGUGAGAGAGGCCCGGCUGCUCUGGCCGGACCUGCCGCUGGACUGCGUGGUGAGCCUCGGGUGCGGCUCGGCGCCACCGAAGCUGCGCGGGAGGCCCGGGUGGAGGGUGGCGGAUACGGGGCAGGUGCUGGCCGAGGCUGCAACAUCGGUGGAGCAGGCAGAUCUGGCGUUUGAAUCGGUGAUGCCGAUGCUGCCUGAUGUGAAAUACUACCGCUUCAACCCAGUGGACGAGCGGUGUGGCAUGGAUCUGGACGAGACAGACCCAGCGGAGUGGGAGAAGCUGGAGACGGCAACAGACGAGUACCUCACAGCAGUCAACCGCGACAUGGCAGAGCUCUGCAAGUACCUGCGCCUCUGCGUGGCCCAGGAGGAGGCAGAUAAGGCCGCCGCAGCAGCACUGUUAGGCGGAGGAGCAGCAGCAGCGGCAGCGGCAGGGGGGUAUAGGAGUCGGCCGGGCAGUCGGCCGGGAAGCAUGCCUGGCAGCCCCUGUCCCGGCACCCCGAGAGCCGCUGGCUACUCCAGCCCUGCAGCAGCACCUGUUUACCCUCCCAUUGUGCUCCCUGCGUCGCCUAGGUCGCCCAAGACGUCUGCCCCCGCCUCGCCCCUGGCCAAGGUGAUUGGGACCCAGGGGGAGCAGAGGAGGGGAGGCAGUGGCAGCUCGCUGCACGCGAUCAAUCCAUACCGUCGGCACGUGCUGCUCGUGGACUCCUUCCGGCCGUCCGUUGCGCGCCGGCCCUGGCAGCACUCGGCGCGGCUCUGCUGCUCUGCCAUCGGCGGCGGCGGUGGCUAUAUCAACAACAGCAGCACUGUUUCUACUCAUGAAGCAGCAGCAGCUAGGCUUGUAGGGAUCAGCAGCAGCAUCAGCACGGAGGGUGGCAGCACUGGCAGUCUGCUAUCCCACCUGCGCCGCCCUCCUAAGGUAGAUGAACACAUCUGUGAACCCUGCGAUGCUCCUUCUGGUGGCACUGCGGGUGCUGCUGCUGCUGCUGCGUCUACAGGGCUGUAUUUCUCCACUUCUCUCCAGUCCCCAUUCAGCUCCCGACCCUCCAGCGUGCCUGGGAGCCCCCGAAUCACAGGGUCAGCUUCGGCCAUGGCUGCUGCUGCAGCUGCGGCUGCUGGGGCGUCUGCUAGUGGUGGUGCUAGUCCCCAUUUAGCGUCUGUGACAGGAGUGGCAGCACCUGCAGCAGCAGGAGUGGCUUCAGCCGGUGCUGCUGGGAUGAGGAGGUCCGGUAGCAGCACGGCCAUAGCAGCAGGUCCGGGAAUAGGCUCGGGUAGCACGGGUGGAGGUUCGGGAGGAACAAUGGGAAGUGCAGGAGGCAGAAGGGGAGUGGAUGGAAGGGGAGGAGGGGGUGGUGGUUCCCCGGUAUUCCGAGUUCCCUCCAACCUCGACCUUAACAAGCCUACAGGGGACGCCGCACGCCCUGCUAGCACCACUCCUGCUGCUGCUGCUGCUCCUGCUGCUGCUGCUACCCGUGCUGGGGCUGGGUCUAGUACCAGAGCGACUAGUACAGAGGACAGACCUCUGGGAGUGGAAGCAAGUUUCCGGCCCUGGAUGGCCGAAGGGGAGGACUCAGACGGGGAAGAGGAGGGGCAGCGAGGCAUGAGCACCAAGCAAGCAGGCACGGGAGCAGUCAUAAGGGGUUACACGCCAACAUCAGCAUCAGGCGCAGCAGAGGCAACGGUAUCGGCAACAGCAGGGAGAGCAGCGGCGGCGGCGGCGGCAGCAGCAGCAACGCUGCCGAGUGUGGGUGCGCGGCUGAAGCCGGUGUGGACAGAGGGCGGGUCGAGGAGGGCGGUGGCGCUGUCUCUGUCCCCCCCGGCAGCAGCACUCAUGCAGCGCCUGCAGCAGGCUGCUGGUGUGGGCCUCGUGCACCUGGCCCUUCCCUGCGACCAGGCAGGCUUCAUCCUCACCUGGUCAUCGGAGGUCAUGUCAGUGGCAGAGCCUAGUGACUCCGCCACGCGCCUGCUUGCCCGUGCCAUUGACAGCAUCGGCUGGUGGAACCGCGCUCGCCGCCAUGCUGCUGCCCUUGCCCACACCCCUGCUGCUUCUGCCGCUGGUACUGGUGGUGCCACUGGUGCUGCUGCUGCUGCUGCUGCUGCUGGUGCUGGUGCUAGUGCUGCCAGAGCUCCGAUUUCAGGUUCUGGUGGUCUAGCUUCGGCGCCAGGUUCGGCUUCAGCUUCGGCGGCUGAUCUGGUCGGGCUCGCUGCCACUCACCAAGGAGCCGGUUCCCCCGGCCUUGGUCCGGUGAAUGCAGCAGGUUCGGCAAGCGCAAGACUGGCAGCAGGUUCGGGAUCAGCAGGCCCGGGAGGGGUGAGUGCUUCGGGUAGUGGCGGCGGCAGUGCGAGGGGCAUCAGUGGAACCCCGAGCUCUUCUGGUGCUCCUGUCACUGCUGCUGCCGCUGCUGCUCCUGCUGCUGCAAGUCCUGCUGGUGGCUCUGCUGCUGCUGCUACUGGUGCAGCUGGUGGUGUGAGAGGUGUGGGUCCGCCUGGUGCUGCUGGGGGAGCGGUUGGAGGAGCAGGAGGGGGAGGGAGAGGGGGCAGGGGAGGGGGGGAGAAGGCACCGGCGAGUUUGUGGGAGUUGGUGCAUGUGGCGAGCUGCUUCGUGGUGGAUGGGGUGCUGCAUCGCUUCAUGGGCUGCCACACUCAGAUCCUGCCGGGCGGCAUGGAGGUGAGCACGUACCUCUUCAGCUGCACGGCUCCCGCUGUCCACCUCACAGAAGCUGACAUUCGCUGGAUGGGUCCCCCCACCACCCUAAUAGACGCCUUUCUGGACACUGGAGCCAAGGCGGUCAUUGCUCCUCCCCCUGCUAGCCCCUCUUCAUUGCCCGGUCACUAUGCAUUAAAUCCUGUGGCGGCAGCAGCAGCAAGUGGUAUGACUCCUCGCAUCGACUCGACUUAUCCAGGAACGAUGGGUUCGGAUUUGGCGGCGGCAGCAGCGGGUGGGGAUUUGGGUAGGAUGGGGAAGAGGGAGGCCUGGUUGGAGGACGUGGAGGCUUGGAUUGGUCGGGAGGAUCGGGUGUUUGGUUUGGCUGUGGAAAAGGAGCAGGCAAGUGCUAAGGUGGAGGAAGAGAGGCUGGGGUUGUUUCUGAGGGAUUUGUACAGUGGGUUGUUUGAUGAUGGAUUCUCGGCUCCUGUAGCUUUGGAGGAGACCCUGAAGGCACAUCCGGGGAUGAAGUUCUCAUGCCAUGUCAAGAGAAGGUAA